AUGGUGGAGGAUUUGGAGGGGCUUUCUGGUAAGCUCUCUCUAACCGAAUCGGAACGGGAGACUGUCGAUGUUGAUGUUGAUGUUGAUCUGUUACAAAACACUAUUGAUCGAGGAGAAAAGUGUUUGAUUAUACAGUUGCUCACGCUAAGGAGUUACAACCAGAUGGCUUUCAAGCAGAUGCUUCGGCGCGUUUGGCGUCCGUCGAAUGGAUUGAAACUGCAGGAACUUGAUUCAAAGUUCCUCUUGGCAGAAUUUGAGGAUGUGCGUGAUAAAGAAAGAGUUGUUCGCGAUGGGCCGUGGACUUUCGACGAACACUUGGUUCUGGUUAAGGACUUUGAUGGCUUUCAACAAGUUCAGCAAAUCCAAUUAACCAAAGCAUCCUUCUGGGUUAGGAUUCAUGAUUUACCCCUGGCGGCUCGUAGUGUUGAAGUUGGGCAAUUAAUUGGGAAAUCAUUGGGGCAUAUGGAGGAUAUCGAUUUGAUAGAUGGAGAGAUUGCUUGGGGGGAAUUCAUGCGUAUUCGUGUAUGCAUCGACAUUACAAAGUCCUUGUUGCGUGGGAAGAAGCUUUGUAUUGGUUCGCGUACUCCCUACUGGGUGCGAUUUUCCUACGAACAGUUGCCUGAUUUUUGCUUUAUCUGUCGGAGGAUAGGUCAUGCUUUCCGGGAUUGUGACCAGGCGCAAGAUUUUGAUGAAAAGGACACCCCUUUUCCAUAUGGCCAGUGGUUGAGGGGUGGCGGGCGUGGGGUUAAAAUGAUGGUGCCUAAUGGGAGGCGUCCGCCGUCCUCGGAGGUGAAUCCCGUUUCCACGGCCCAGCGCACGAAUGGGGUUGUUCUUGAGGAUGUUGCGGCGAAACGUACUCCGCCAGUUACACCUGGUCCUUCGGAGCCGUGGUAUGCGGAUUUAGCGGAAACGGUUGAGCCUAUGGUGGAGUCUGUUGAGGGGUUUAGCAGCACGGUUAUAUCGAAUGGAUUGAAGAAGGUGAUGGAACGUGGUCCACAGACUCCACUAAUGACAGUGUUUCCUUCGCAGUCUGAGGCAUCUUUGCAGCCAGUGGGCCCAUCUGAUAUGGGCCUAACAAAUCCACCUACAGUGGGAAUGUACGAGACUAAAGCUCAGGAGGCCUUGGGCCCGGGAAUUCGUGCUUUGCGGGAGCUAAUCACGCGUGAAGAUCCCACAAUGGUGUUUCUUCAGGAAACUAAAUUGAAGACUCGGAAGAUGGAGAGUGGGGGGCUAGCGUUAUUGUGGAGGGGGGAUUUGCAAGUGAGGUUAAAAUCUUUCUCUAUCAAUCAUGUUGAUGUUCUUGUAAAUGAAGAUGCUGCUCGUGAGUGGAGGUUUACGGGUAUUUAUGGAAACCCGCAGACUCUAAGCCGAUUCCUCACAUGGGAUUUGAUACGUCAGUUACAUGAUGAUGAUGAUGAUGAUGUACCAUGGCUGUUGGGGGGCGAUUUUAAUGAAGUAUUGCAACUGAGUGAGAAGAAGAGAGGUCGAACACGAUCUGAGAAUCAAAUGGCCGCAUUCCGUGAGGUGUUGAUGGAUUGUUCUUUGCGGGAUAUGGGUUUUCAUGGUCCAAAGUUCACGUGGUCAAAUGGAAGGGAAGGCACGGAAGCCAUUAGUGAGAGGCUUGAUCGGUUCUUGGGCAAUAACAGUUUCUUUGGUCUGUUUCCCCAAGGGGUGGUGAGGCAUGGAGUGGCUGCUCACUCUGAUCAUUUACCUAUUUGGUUUGACACUGAAGGUGGGAUUGUUAAAGGAAAACGAUCGCGAAACUUCCGUUUUGAAGCAAUGUGGGUAGGGGAGCAAAAAUGUGCUGACAUUAUUGAGGAUGUUUGGAUGACUGGGAAUAGCAUUGGAAACAAUAAUAUGGAGGGGGUGAUGCAGCGUAUUAAACUGUGUUGUCAUCGAUUGGCAUCAUGGAAUAAAUUGUCAUUUGGACAUGUAAAGCAAAAGAAAGCUGAAGCUAGGCAAAGGCUAGAAGCUUUACAAGCUAAAAAUGAAGAGCAACCUGAUCCAGUGGGAUUGUCACAAGCCAAAGAAAAUUUGCAAGUAUGGCUUGAACGGGAGGAAGUAUUGUGGAGACAGCGAUCUAGAGUGCAGUGGCUCCAUGAAGGGGAUCAGAAUACUCGAUUUUUCCAUUCCCAGGCUAACAUGCGAAGAAGGAGGAACUGGAUUAAAGGCCUCAGGAAUGAGCAGGGUGAUUGGGUUGAAGGAACUUUGAAGAACAAUCUGAUUCUUGGUUUUUUUCAGACCCUCUUCUCAGCUUCGGAGCAGCAAGGUCAGCAGGAAGUUUUAGAUUGUGUGGAGAGGAAAGUCACACCAGAGAUGAAUUAG